UUAACAAACAACGUCCACCGCGAAUCCGCCAUUACGGCUCUUCCUCAUCCACGUGCCACCCAUAUCUCACGAUCCGAUUUCGAUUGUCCUAAAAAUCCAAUCCUCCGCCUUCACCUCAACCGUCCCAUUCAAUUGAAAUCGCCGUCCCUGUGCGUACUGUGUACCGGUUCCAAAUUCUAAGCCGCGAUGUUGAGCGGCGGUGUCGGCGGGGGAAGCGUUUACUGGGGAUCGAGGAACGAGCCCAGGAUUUGUAGAGGCGUUGUGGUUCUCUUCGCUUGGGUUUCGAUUCAGCAUCGCCACUUGGAUAAGUUCGUCCAGCUUUACGCCUCGCUUGGAUGGAAUUCCCUUGUUUGUUAUGCUGAUUUUCUCAAUAUAUUUGAUCCUGAAAGAGCUACAUCCCUGGCAUUUCUUGUUCUUAAUGAGCUCGUUGAGGAGCUAAGAAUGAAGCUGCGUCCUGUAGUUUUUGUAGGUCUAAGUGGUGCAUCAAAGGCUUGUAUGUGCAGAGUUUUGCAGAUCAUUGAGGGAAGAUGUGGCAGUCCACUUUACAUGGCGGAAUGUCAAAUGAUCAGAGCUUGUGUUUCUGGGCACAUCUAUGAUUCCAGUCCCAUAGAGCUUAUAAGUGACUUGGGCGCUCGAUUUGCCAUACAUCCCGCUGUUCUAAAAGUGCCCGGAUCGUCACAACUCAUCUCCUGGCUUGCUAAAGGCGUCUCUUCUGGUCUUGAUGCUCUAUAUCUUACUAGAUUUGAUUCACAGCGUGAUGAGUAUUGGCGGACACUGUGCUCAUCUGUUAAUAUUGGUGCCCCAUUUCUCAUUAUGUGCUCUGAGAAGGACGAUCGUGCUCCUUAUAAAGUUAUCUGUGAUUUCACCAAGAGUAUUCAAGAAUUAGGAGCUGAUGUUCAGCUGGUAAAAUUCAAAGACUCCCCACACUUAGGUCAUUACAAAAAUUACCCAGCUCAAUAUAGAGCUGCUGUGACCAUAUUUCUUGAGAAGGCAUCAUCAGUUUACUCCCACAAAAUCCCACAAUUUAAAGGAGAAAGAAGAGGAAUGGAAGGCGAUGGAAUGCCUGAAUUGAUAUGUGACCUUCAGAAUGCAGCAGUUAAUUCAAACCAGAGUUUUCGAAGAGUCGCAGUCGGGCCAAGUGAUCACUUCUUCUUGCCAAGCUCAGCAGAUUCCCAGGACGGUCGGGAGCAUCAUCCUCCCAUGCAUGAUCAGAAAGAAAGAAUAUCUCCACUUUCAAGCCCCCAAGGAAUCAGUGCACACAGCGUACUCGGCCAGUUCCUCUUCGACGUUUGUGUGCCCAAAAAUGUUGAAGGUUGGGACAUCAAGUUCCACGGCUCUCUGAACGGGCAACCACUUGCUUCAGCUCGCAGGCACUCUCCCUUCCCCGUUUCAAAGCUUAUCCGUCGCUCUAGACUGUGAAAAACUGGGGUUUUAGCUGUGUGAGUUUAUUAUCAUCUAACCUAUAGCUACCACAUCUAGUUCAAAUACUAGCCAGAGAAUCCCUCCCUUAUGGUACUAUUAGCAAUAUUAGGAGGUUGUACCUCUGUGGGGACGAAAGGGUGGCUCAGUGUCGUUGUAUCCUCGGGCACUGGUAAAGGCAUAGAAGUUUCAGACUGCUCUAUGGAGCGAUAGGUUGCGACGACAGGCUCGGAAAUAGGUUAGAGAAGUGUUGUAUGAUGACGAUGAUGAUACACAGUAGCAGGGUUUUUUGUUGAUAGAGUUUAGUGUAGAGAAGGAAGUGUAAAAAGAGAACCCCCACUCCACUCUGUUGACAGAACUGUUAGUUGGAAGUUUGAAUAAUGUAUAUACUUCAACUGAAC